AUGGGACUUAAGGCAGAAGAGGAAGAGAAUGGUUGCAAACCUUCUACAGCAUCUUCGGUUGUCCACAACUUCUCUUCACUAGUACUGGCUUCCCCUCCCCCACGCCAAUGUUUGUCUACAUCGCUUUUCAUCAAUAUUCCUAGUCUUGUGGAUGAAGUCUCUAAAGCUGUCCUUGUCAACAGAUUUGACGCAGCAGACAUCAAAGGUGUGAUUGCCAUGGUGGAGUCACAACUUGACACACGGCUAGACAACUUCAUCCUCCUUGUGGGUCGACUACGACCCCUAAAGGAUCCCAACUACAUUCUACAGCCAUUUUUAGAAGUUGUACAAAAUAUGCCAACACGUCAUCUUCACCUCCUCUACAUCGGUUCAAUUGUUAGCCCUCCAUUUGACUUUCAUCAUCAACACAAAUGCAUGCAUUGGAUGGAGUCACUGCCACAGUCACAGGUGCAUGCCUUGAUGACUGUUGCGAUAUGCCUUGUCAAUGCCUCCCUGAGUGAGGGUCAAGCAUUGACCAUCAUGGAGGCCAUGGCACUUGGUUGUCCAGUAGUGGCUCGUAACAUUCCCGCCAACACAGAUCUCAUCCAACACAAUGAAACUGGACUGAUUUUCAAUUCUCCCACCGAAUUGAAGGCGUGUUUGGAGAGCCUCCUCGUCAACGAAGACUUGUAUAAGUCAAUUUCAUCAAGAGCCGCUGAUAAGAUGCGACAACAGGAAUUUCAACUACACACCGAAGCAAUGGCCUACCUCAGAUUGGUGAAGGACAUUCAAACGAUGGAAAGCUAA